GUGGACCCGUCCAGACCACCCCCGCCCCCGAGUGGACCUGUCCGGUGGCGCCGUGUGUUCUAAACGCGGUUCCCAGUUUUCGUGCCGACUUGUGCGGACUUUCUGCGGCCAAACCUGCCGGAUUUCCCGGGAUUUUCCGUGCCCGUGUCGGCCGGGAAAGCAUGCGUGCAGUAGCAGUGCUGUUAACCUCGCUGGCUGUGACUUGGGCAGUGAGUGCAGCCCAGGUCCCAUGCCGGUGUGGGAAGAACCAGUUUGCCUGUGAGCCGACACCCUGGGGCGAGUGCACAUGUAUCCCCUCCCAGUGGCAGUGCGACGGAGACAACGACUGUGGCGACUCCAGCGACGAAGACGGCUGCACCCUCCCCACCUGUUCCGACACAGACUUUACCUGCAGUAACGGCAAGUGUAUCCGGCGCUCGUGGCUGUGUGACCAAGACAACGACUGUGGAGAUGACUCAGAUGAGAUUGCCUGUCCUCCCAGAAACUGCACGGAUGAUGAGUUUGCCUGUGCCAAUGGCCAGUGCAUCAGGAACAGAUGGAGAUGUGAUGGUGAUGAUGACUGUGGUGAUAACAGCGAUGAGAACUGCCCGUCGAGAACAUGUACCCCAGCAGAGUUCACCUGUGGGGAUAACAGCUGCAUCACCUCCCUGUGGAGAUGUGACAAGGACAGGGACUGCACAGAUGGGUCUGACGAGGAGGACUGUCCUACCAUGCCAGCGACCUGUGCCCCAGAUGAGUACCGCUGUGAUUACGGCCGCUGCAUCCUGGAGGUAUAUGCCUGUGAUGGUGACAACGACUGUGGCGACUGGAGUGACGAAAUAGCAUGUGCUACCAGAAAGCCGUGUCGGUCUGGAGAGUUCCAGUGUGGCAGUGGGAUCUGCAUCAACGCUGCCUGGCAGUGUGACGGCGACUUUGACUGUGACGACCAGUCCGAUGAGAAGAACUGCCCCACCCCCAGCUGUGCCAGUAACCAGUUCCGCUGCCAGAGCGGGCGGUGCAUCCGGUUGUCAUGGCGAUGUGACGGGGAGGACGACUGUUUUGACAACAGUGAUGAGGUGGACUGUGCACCCCAGGUGUGUGCCCCUGACCAGUUCAGGUGUAACAACACCAGGUGUAUUGGCUCCCACAAGCUGUGCAAUGGUGUGGACAACUGUGGAGACAACAGUGACGAGGCACCAGAACUGCAGUGCAACAUCGAGGUUCCGGGCUCCUGUCAGGACGGCAACGGUGGCUGUGAGCACAAGUGCAGCAUGAUGGGAAGCCGUAUCUGGUGUUCCUGUCACGAGGGGUACCGCCUCAUGCCGGAUGGAAGGACUUGUGCAGAUGUUGAUGAGUGCCAGCUGGAGGGCACCUGUAGUCAGAUGUGUCACAACACCAUCGGCAGCUUCCAGUGCUCCUGUGUCAAAGGGUACGAGCUCAAGCCUGACAAGAAGGGCUGCAAGGCUCUGGGUCCUGAAGCUUGGUUAUUGUUUGCCAAUCGUAUCGACAUCCGCCGGAUGCACCCAGACAGAUCAGACUACGACCCGAUCCUCAGUAACCUACAGAACGCCAUCGCUCUGGACUUCCACUCCGAACUGAACUGGGUGUACUGGUCUGACGUCACUCUGGACAGGAUCAUGCGGGCGUACUUGAACGGCUCGGGGAUGGCUGAGGUGGUCAGUACAGGGCUGGAGAGCCCAGGCUCUGCGAUGUCCAGUGUAGUGGCCAGCAUGAAUAGGUCACUCCCCACAGCAGUGGUGUCUGCAGGACUGGAGAGUGCAGGUGGUGUUGCAGUAGACUGGGUAGGGAACAAGCUGUACUGGACAGACUCAGGCACAGCCAGGAUCGAGGUGUCCCACCUGGACGGAUCCUACAGGAAAGUCGUUCUGUGGGAGAAUGUGGAGAAACCCAGAGCUAUAGCUGUCCAUCCACUGGAAGGGAAACUUUUCUGGACAGACUGGGGCUCCACACCAAAAAUCGAGUCAGCAGGAAUGGAUGGAACUGUGCGUGGAGCGGUGGCGAAGACUAACUUGUUCUGGCCCAACGGUCUGACGCUUGACUACGCCACCAACAAACUGUACUGGGCUGACGCCAAGCACCAUGUCAUCGAGUGUGCCAACUUGGAUGGUACUGAGAGAAAGGCUGUCAUCAGCCAAGGUCUGCCCCACCCCUUUGCCAUCACGUUGUUUGAGGAUAACCUGUACUGGACAGACUGGCACACCAAGAGUAUCAACAGUGCCAACAAGUUCACAGGGAAUGAGAUCGAGACACUACGGGAGCGCCUGCACUUCCCCAUGGAUGUCCGUACCUUCCACCCCAUGAGGCAACCACCAGGAGUUGACCGAUGCGGAGAGAACAACGGCGGCUGUAGUCACCUGUGUCUGCAGAACCCCACCAGCUACUCCUGUCACUGUCCCACUGGCAUCAGGCUGCUGAACGAGAAGGACUGUGCAACUGACAUCGAACAGUUCCUACUGUUUGCCAGAAGAACAGACAUCCGCAGAAUCUCGUUUGACACAAGGGAGAAGGCUGACGUGGUUCUCCCGCUGGGUGAGCUGCGCAGUGCCGUGGCGCUGGACUGGGACAGCGAGGAGGGACACAUCUACUGGUCAGAUGUCACGGCCGACACCAUCAACAGGGCAAAGUGGGACGGGUCCGAGAUUGAGGUUCUUGUUAACUCUAGUCUUGAGAGUCCAGCAGGCCUGGCUGUGGACUGGGUGACCAGGAAGCUGUACUGGACAGACGCUGGAUCAGACCGUAUUGAGGUGUCCAAUCUGGACGGCUCCACCAGAUCUGUGCUGAUCUGGGAGAUGCUGGAUCGACCGAGGGACAUCAUUGUGGAUCCUAUAGAAGGACACAUGUACUGGACUGACUGGGGCCUGAGCCCUAAGAUCGAGCGUGCCGGGAUGGAUGGGUCCGAGAGACAACCAAUUGUUACCAAGAACCUGACAUGGCCUAAUGGUCUGGCAAUCGACUCAGAGUUGGGACGGCUGUUCUGGGUAGAUGCUGGGCUGAAGACUAUUGAGUUCUCAUCUCUGGAUGGCACAAACAGACAGGUUCUGAUAGGAACCCAACUGCCCCACCCCUUUGGUUUGACCCUGCACGAAGACAAGGUGUACUGGACUGAUUGGCAGUCCAAGAGUAUUCAGAGCGCAGAUAAGACAACAGGCCUGCGGAGACAGGUCCUGAGGGAGAACCUGGAGAACCUGAUGGACAUACACAUGUACCACAAGGACAGGCAACCAGUCCCCAGCCCAUGUCUGGUAGGAAACGGAGGCUGCAGUCACCUGUGUCUGAUCGCACCAUUGUCAUCAGGUCGAGGGUACAGCUGUGCCUGUCCAACAGGAGUCACGCUGCUAGGAGACGGCAGGACCUGCCAACCAAGGAUGCACAACUUCCUGGUGUUUGCCAGGAGGACAGAUGUACGGGCCAUCUCUCUGGACGUACCCUACUAUGCUGAUGUCAUGCUGCCCAUCAGUGGACUGAAGAAUGCCAUUGCCAUUGAUGUGGACGAGAAAAAUGGAAAGGUUUAUUGGACAGACAGUGUUACAGACAGGAUCCAGAGGGCCAACUUUGAUGGCACUGAGGUGGAGAAUGUGGUAGAGAGUGGGCUGGACACCACGGAUGGCCUAGCUGUGGACUCAGUUGGCAGGAAGGUGUACUGGACAGAUACCGGUAAGGACCGUAUCGAGGUGGCUGAUCUGGAUGGGAAGAACCGCCUGGUACUGGUUUGGGAAGGACUAGACAGUCCCCGAGCUAUUGCACUCCACUAUGAUGCAGGCUACAUGUACUGGACAGACUGGGGCAGCACACCUCGUGUGGAGCGAGCCAACAUGGACGGCACUGACCGACAGGUCCUGGUGUCCACCAACCUGGGCUGGCCCAACGGACUGACCAUCGACAAGAUCGCAGGCAGACUCAUCUGGGCAGAUGCCAGGACUGAGAUAAUCGAAAGUUCCGACCUGAAUGGGAAGAACAGAAAUGUGUUGGUGACCUCCGCCCCCCACCCCUAUGGGCUGACCCUGAUGGGUGCGUACAUCUACUGGACUGACUGGCAGACCCGCAGCAUUCAGCGUGCUCGCAAAGAUACAGGAGAGGACCAGAUAACCAUCCGCGGGAACCUGCCAGGACUCAUGGACAUACAUGCUGUACAGGCAGACAACCUAGGUACCAACAGGUGUGGUCCCAACAACGGAGGCUGUAGCCACCUGUGUCUGCCCAAACCUAACGGCAUCACUUGCGCCUGUCCUACUGGUAUCACCCUGAAGGAGGAUGGAAGGACAUGCCAUGAUGCUCCAGAGACAAUGCUGCUGUUUGCUGCCAGAGGGAGCAUCAGAAGGAUCUCCCUGGACACAGGGGACCACACCGAUGUCAUCCUCCCCUUACCUGACAUCCAGAAUGUCAUCGCACUCGACUUCGAUAGCCAUGAGGGGAAACUGUACUACACAGAUGUUCAGCUAGAUAAGAUAAGGAGAGCUAAUCUGAAUGGAACUGGGAUGGAGGAUAUUGUAUUUCGGGACUUGGUCACUGCUGAUGGCAUUGCAGUUGACUGGAUUGCAAGGAACCUGUACUGGACAGACACUGGUAAGAACACCAUUGAUGUGGCGAGACUGGACGGCUCCAGCCGUAAGACUCUUCUGAACAACAGUCUGGACGAGCCCAGGGCCAUCACCCUAUUCCCCAGGAAAGGGUACUUAUUCUGGACUGACUGGGGUGCUUACCCGAGGAUUGAGAGAGCACAGCUUGAUGGGACCGAGCGCCGCAUCAUCGUGGACACGGACCUGGGCUGGCCCAACGGCAUCACCAUCGACCCCAUCAACAGGAGGGUGUACUGGGUCGACGCCCACCUGGACAGGAUAGAGACGUCCGACUUCAACGGCAGGAAUCGCGUCCAGCUGGUGGAACAAGUACCGCACCCAUUUUCACUGACUGUGUUUGACGGGUAUGUGUACUGGACAGACUGGCAGACUCGCUCCAUCAUGAGAGCUGACAAAGAGACAGGGCAGAAUGUGGAGACCAUACAGGGCAACAUCGAGGGCCUCAUGGACAUACAGAUGGUCUCAAGUCUCAGGCAGACAGGGACUAACCCAUGUGCAAUAGACAACGGUGGGUGCAGCCACCUGUGUUUGGCCAGGACUCAGGGUUACGUGUGUGCCUGCCCCAACAUCCCAGGCCCCAGACCAUGCUCCACAGUUCCAGGUGUUCCAGCAGUACCUCGUACCCAGGCUACAGUUACAGUAACCAUGACACCCCAGCCUGGGGGUCCAGCACAGACACAUGACAACAGAAUACCUGAGGGGACAGGGGAACCAAGUGUAGAUUGUGACAACAGAAUAGGAGGAGACUGCCAAGCUGAGAAUUCAGCAAGCAGAGCAGAAGACGGUGAUAUUCACCCAGCAUACAUAGUCCUGGGCAUCAUACUACUGCUGGUGAUCAUUGCAGUGUGCAUCUUGGCUGUCUUCUUAUGGAGAAGACGGAAAAGGCGACAGGCAGCUAGCGACAGCACCAUGACCUUCAGUAACCCCGUGGUGUACAGAGCAGGGAACGAUGCCAUCGUCUCCAUCGAGAGAAGAGACAGAAGAUGGCUGUACAAUAAAAAGGAGGAUCAGUUAAGAAACCCACUCAUAGCAGAAGACAGUGGAGAGGAGCCUGCAUCCAAACUUAGUAAAGUUAGUUUUGUCAGGGACCGAGUGACCAACCCCCUCCUGAACCCCCAGCCCAAGCUGAACAACCUGGCAGCAGCUGAGGCGGCGUCCAAGCUUCUCGACAAGGAGGCGUACACCAAGGAGGACCCCUGGCAGAAAGGCAACCUGUACGUCGACCUUCCACCCAAGGACCUCCGAGACGACAUAGACGUCACUGAGAAAAUGCUGGCCCAUGAGGCUGAAGCAGACGAUGUCUGCUGCGGGUCCAUAGAGAGUGAUGUAUGAACUGAAGAGUCAGAAGUCUAUGUCUGAGAGUUAUACCCACCUGCAGCCAAGGUUGUAUAUGAUAAUAUGGUACUUCCACGUAAGAAGCAGGUACAGCCAGGCUCCUUCCCACUUGUAAAUAGUGACUGUAAGUUGUCUUGUACAUUUUGAACUUGGGAGGGAGAUGGCACCUUCUGUACUCCUGUAUGGCCUCUAAGAGGAAGAGACUACGGGGUGCUGGACGUUGUAAUAAGACUACUGAUUGUUUGAUGUACAGAAAUGAUGGAGUGUUUAUGGUACGUGCAAUUGGCAUUGUGCAGAGUAACAGGCCAUUCUUUAGGCUGGUGCAGGACAGGCACAGGGGUAAGACAAGUCCCUUGAUUUAUUUCCAAACAGUGCCUUUGAGAUGUCUACCAUUAGUUGAAGGGAAUGGGCCACUAUCUGGCUAUGUACUUAUUCCGGGCUCAAGGCAGAGAGCAGGGCCAUGUUUAUGUUGAACAGUAUUAAAUCACAAACCAAACCAAAUACUAACUCAACUUGAACUGCCUUAACAUGCACAUAAUUAAAUUUAUGUAGUUGUUAGAACAAUGAAUUAUAAAGAAGAAAGCAAGAGGAUGUCUAGAGGAUGUCUAGAAACUUCUAGAGGUUGACUAGUUGGAUGCUGUCAACAUUCUUAGACAUGUGGCAGGAAUAAGGAAUGUGGCAAACAAUUCCUAGACAUACGGUGGCCCUGUCAGUCACAGAGGCAAGUGGAGGCAUGGCUAGUUGUCAUGUGAAAACUGCAAAAUGAUGCCUCCAUUUGGAACUGCAGUAUAAGGCCUAUACGUAACAAAAGGUCAUUGCAGUAGCCAGUGACAAGGUGUAUGGCAACAUGGAUUGCAUACUACACUUUUCAUAUAUUUAUAUUCUUGUACACACAACAUUUAGAUUGGUGUACUGUGAGUAGAGAAACUUCAUUCAUACUGAAGAGUCUCUGUUGAAGAAAUGAUCCUACAUUAUGAUUACUAACAUAUAUUUAUUUGUAUCAUGCACCACUUAAAGAGAAAUUCCUGUUGCAACACGUGACAUACUAAUUAUUUUUGUUGAUGUAAUUCUGGUCAGGUGUAUCACUUAUCUUCACUGAAGGAAGAUGAUAAGACAUACAACAGCAGAGGUUGCUUGUUGGUAGCUGAUCAUGAAUACCUGAAUUGAAAAAAUAAUUGAUUAAACUGAGUUAGCCAGUUGGCAAUUGGAGCAAUGCUAACAGCAUUUGCAUUUUGCCUGUGUUUACAAGCGUGGCAAGGUGUACACUUUGAUAAAGGACUUACAUCAGUCAAACAGUUCCAACAUACUCCAGGCAUGUGCCAGGGAACAUUUUACAUUUGGUGACAAAAGUAUUUGAAAGUAUCUACAUGUAUCAUCUUGAAUUGCAUAGCAUAUUGAUUAACUCCCACAACAAUAGGCAUGCCUCAUGUCCAAGCCAAUGUUCUGGUUGGUUAGUUCUCCGGCAUCACACUGCCAUAUGGAACAAUUAAGUUGACAGUUAGUUAUGAAAAUAUACCUCUUAUUUCUUGUUGUAAGUGCAACAUUAAUUGCAGUAAGAUGAAAUGCUGAUAUGCUACAAUGUAGUUUGUUGUGAUAGAUAAAGUAUAGCUGGUAUCUUCUCAACUGUGAGAGAUGGAGAACAGGUAUUAUGGUUCCUUUAUUUCUUUAUUACAUACAUGUACAGGAUGUACCUUUUCCUUUGCAUGACAUAUUGUACUAUACAACUGCAAAGCCAGACAGGUUCAUAAUUAUAACUCAAUAUUUAAUUUUGUAGAGUAUGUCUUUACUUAUCCACACACCAUGAGCUUACCGGUACAUUUGUUUUGCAGUAAUGUCAGCAAGAAACAUCUGGGAGUCAGAUAAAUCCUUUUCUACUGAAAUUUAAUUUUGAACAUUUACUUAUUGUGUAAGUUUGCACAUAGACUUGUAAUGGAUGUAUGUGUCCUUGUUGUACAGAUAUUAAUGAUUUAUUUUUCUAUAUGGAUGUUGUAAUGUGACUGAUAACUGUGAGAAAUAAGGACACCGUUAGCUUGUUCUUUAGUAGAGUCUUUGAACCAGGGCCACUUAAUUUGUGUGAAAACAUCCUUUCAUCGAAAUAUGUCUCAAUUAUGUGACAGCAAAGACACAAGUAAUGUCUAAAAAAAAAAGGAAGUGCCCUGAGCAAUUCUUUGUGUUACUUUUUAUUAUUCUUCUGUGCCCUUAAUGUUUUCUGGCUACCACUUUCUUUUCAAAAGCUCUCAUUCAUGCCGAUAGAUGGAAGUGCACAUUGAUUGAUCUAUUUGCUGAUGUGACAGUUGAUGUGUAGGUGGAUAUGGGCUGUCUCAUAGUAAUUCGUGACAUUUUAUGUUUAGAAUGUGCCCUUUAGAGAGAGUUGAAACCAAGGGUUUAAAAGAUAUAUUUUGCAACAUUGCACCAGUGACUGGAAAACCAGGGUUGUCUCUCUUUAAUUAGCUGAUUAAGUAUUAUAUUUAUAUAUUACAGCCCAGUCUGCAGAUUCUGGAGUAUCCAUUUUUGUACCUCAUUGUUAAAUUGUAUUGUUUGCUGUUCUAACAGACUUAGUAUAUCAUUAACCAUGUACAUGAGAAUUUAAUAAUGUCAUGUUACACCGAGCAGUCUUUGAAACUGCUUUGUCAAAGCUUUGUAGUUUUUCUUUAGAUAUUUUACAGUUGUAUAAAGUGCGUAAAAAGUCAUGACAGCAGGCACUUCAAUGAAUGUAACAAUGUGCAAGUAUUUACUAGUAUUAACAAACUCCUUGGCAAGAGGGAUUUUGCUCCAGAACACACUCUAUGCAAGUGUGCAUUUUCUUAAACACUUUUCUUAACAGAUUGUGUAUCUUGCAAGUUAUUACAUUGAUUCAAUUGUAGUUCAUUCAUUGCUAUUUUGUUUGCCAAAAUUAUGAUGUAUGUAAAUGUUGUAGUGUUUGUUACAUGUACAUGACAUUAGCUCUUGUGAAACCUAAAAUGGCAUAUAUCCGACGCUGUAUGAUUUGUUUUGACCAAGAAUGUGCAAUAUUUGUAUCACUACUAAUUCAUGAUUUUCAGUAAACCGGUCU